AUGCAGAUUGGCGUUUUCAACGUUCUAGCCGUCCUCUCAGGACUGGCCGUUGUAUGCGCUAACGACAUCUGUACAGCGCCAAGUCUAACGGUCAAGAUUGCCAAUGGUGAGGUGAAGGGUUUCAAAGACGAGUCCUCCAGCGUCGCCCAGUUCCUCGGUAUUCCUUACGGUGAACAGCUACGAUGGUCUCCAGCGAUACCUAAAGGCAAAUUUGGAAAACUUAAUGCUACGUCGUUUGGCCCGAAUUGUCCUCAGAGUGAACCUGCUGCCACUGGUCCUUGGGCUCCUGAAUUCCUCAUUAAGCCUAACAGCACGAGUGAGAACUGUCUGUUUUUGAACGUCUGGGCGCCAUCGCAUGCUUUGUGUCCUGAGACGGAGCCGCUUCCUGUUAUCGUUUGGAUUCAUGGAGGAGGCUUUGUAGAGGGCGGCGGUGGUAUUGCUUAUCAGAUUCCUAAGAAAUGGGUCGAGAGAAGCCAAAAGCAUAUUGUUGUCAGCAUCAACUAUCGCCUCGGAGUCUUUGGCUUUCCCAACGCCCCAAGCCUUGGGCCCAAGCAGCAGAAUCUUGGACUUCUAGACCAGCGUCUUGCCAUGCAAUGGGUCAACGAUAACAUCGCUCGUUUCGGCGGCGAUCCCAAGCGUAUUAUCCUCUGGGGUCAGAGCGCUGGCGCUAUGUCUGUGGCUUUCUACCAAUACGCGUACCCUAAUACACCCAUCGCUGCUGGAUAUAUCGAGAACUCGGGUUCAGCUUUCCUCGGACUCAGGAGCAGAGAUGAUACCAACAGUAACUUCACUUCACUCGCUAGGUCUUUCGGGUGUAGGCGUGACUAUGUCGAGUGUCUGCGACGUGUUCCUUUUAAGGAUGUUCAGAGACAUGUCGAUGAGGCAAAUACUAUGAGCUUUGUCCCUGUUGUUGAUGAGCGGACUGUAUUCUCCAACUACACUGAGAGGAUCUUGAAUGUUACCAAGCUUCCUGCAAUCAUUGGCUCGACCCGAGACGAAGGCGACUUGACUGCCAAGCCCGGACAUACAGGAGCCAAUACACCAGACCAAGUCAAGCCCGACGACACUUUCCACUGCCCAGCACACUACGAAACCAUCGUCCGAUCCUCUGCAGGCGUGAACACAUGGCGUUACAUGUACUCCCCCAACUUUACCAAUAUCAUGCCCGGCGGAGAAGGCGCAUUCCACAGCGCCGAACUCCCUCUGAUCAUGGGAACCCAUGACGAAGCACGUGAGAAGUCCAGCGAGUUCGAAUACGAAGUCAGUCACGCCAUGCAGGAUUAUUGGCUCGCUUUUGCGCAGGAUCCAUCUGCGGGUUUGACCCGGAUGGGAUGGGAACCAACGUCAAAGGGAGGGGUUCAGAGCGGAAUUGAGUUUGGGUUCAAGAAUGAGAUUGUCGUGAGGCCAUAUUCCUGGAGUAGCUUGGAAAAGGGAUGCAACAAGGCUGCCGCAGUCAAGAAUUCGGCGUAG